AAGUUGCAGAAUCCCAUCCACCCACUACGCUACGUCUACGUUUGCGCCGCACGCUCGGGCGGACAAUCCAAAAAAACCUCGACCAGACACAACCCAUGAAGUACCAUACCGACGUGCACUUACAGCUACUACUGCUUCUUCGGCUCUUUCACUUUUUUUCUUCUUCUUCUUCUGUCUCUUUUGUGGAAUUUGAUAUUGUUUUGGCGGGAACCCGGAAGUCCGGAGCGGCGGCAUUAUGGAGAGAGGUGAAUCGCCAGAGGCGUUGAGAAUAGGUGGGGACGACUAUUCUUCUUCUCCUUCUCCUUCUUCUUCUUCAUCUGCCGAGUCGAGCUUUCAUGAGCUGGACGAUGUCUUCCUGCAGACCCAAACAAGAAUAUGGCUUGGGGAAGUCUUGCAGAUAAGAUUGGAUGAGAAGAUGGCUGUUUCUGAUUUACUUGCUGACGGGGAAUUGCUGUUUGAAGUGUCAAAAGUUGUAUGGAAGAUGCUGUUGACACAGCAUAUGGAGCCAAGACAUUUAAAGUCAUAUAGAAACGAGCCAUUUGCUUCUAGGAAGACCAGCGGGAGAUAUAUGCCUUAUUCCAAUGUUGAUUCGUUUUUGAAGAUCUGCAAAAUUUUGGGUCUGGCUGGCAUUGACCUCCUCUCCAUCAGACGUUGUUGAGAAAAGAGAUACUCGAAAAGUUUGUAUCUGCAUACGAUCUUUCUCAAGGAAAGCAAGGUCUAAACAUCUACGUGUUCCAGAUUUUGAUAUUGUCACGUAUACAGUAGCUAUGUCCACGGAUAUGGUUGGGUGCAUUAGGAGAAGCUGGGAGCCAAGACAGUGCAGCCUUUUGAACUCUUCUACUUACAACUUGCAUAAAGAUUCAAGCGAGAAAUUCAGGCAGGAAAAUCCAAUUGUCAACUUGGCAAUAAAUUAUGAUAUGCAUUCAGAGGAGUUCGAUGGCACUGAAAGCAAUCAAACAGUAACUAAAAGUGAUUGCUUAUUAACAAAGCUAUGUUAUGAUACCACAUUGAAGGUGAAUUCCGAUUCAGAAAGAUGCAGAGAGGUAUUUACGGUGGUUAAACAUGAUACUUUGGCAGAACAUAUAUUGCAAUUAAAUAUUCAAAACCAAGAGAAGAGUGAUUGUUCACAUUGUCAAUUUGAAUCGGACUGCACAACUGAAUCAGUGGGAGAACCAGUGGGAUCUUUUUCCACACAAAAUGGGGAGCAUAGUCAUCAGCUGAAUAGUUUGUUAUCACCAUUCUCCAUUGAUUCACAGAUCCAAUUUAGUGGCAGAGCUUCUCAUGUCAGAAGUCUAGUCAAAGAAAGCAAUGAAAUUGAUGGACGGGGCUUGAUUUAUAGCACUUACCACCUGGGAUAUGAUGCUUCCAUUAUAGAGGAUUCUAUAAAUGGCUACACACCACCAGGAAGUUCUUUUUCUAACUCGUUGGAGAUAUCAGGUUUGCUUUGCCAUACGACUGACAGCAGUGACACUGUAGUGUAUAAUGGGGAGCAUGGUUUUCUUGAUGCAUCCUCUAGUAUUGGUUCUCAUUGCUCAAAUUCGACCCCAGGGAUUUUUGAAAAUGGAUCUAGGAGGAGACUUGUUGACAUUUUUGAUGCGGAAGUAUCAUCUGAUGCCAGCACGAGCUCUGUACGAGGUGCAGUGUUGAACUUGGAUCUGGAUGAUCGAUUGGAUAAGGAAGAUAAUCCUAAGACUUUCCAGUUCCCUGAAUUGCAGGAUGAAGAGGCUGGCUUCUUGAACAAGAAAACUACUAAAGGAUACACAUCACAGGACAUUGUCAAAUAUGAGACCAAGGUGCACCGUUCUACUGAUUCUGAAAAUGUAUGUUUUUGCACGGAACUUGAGGACAACAGCUCCUCUACCAAGCUUUUCCUGCCAUACCCAGACCAACUAAACGUGACUGGUCAUCCAGACCAUGUAUUUGCACAUGACAAUGGCACCUGCAUGUCUCUUGUGAAUUCAGAUGUUGUAUCUAAGGAAGACCUACUGCCUCAAAUAGAAUCAUUGAAAAAUGUGAAUUGUACGCUGUCAUGUCAAUCUCAUCCUGCUUUUGACUUUCAUAAUUGGGACAUUAAAGGCAAAUUUGCAUCUGCUAUGGUAUUGAAUGAAUAUUCUGGUCAUGGAGCUUCUCCAGUGUCUGUUUCCCUUGAGAAAACUAUCAGUCGUACGCCAACUGAAGCUUCAUUAGAUGCUUUCUGCCUCAAGGAUAUGAAAAGUGUGGUUGAUGAUAAUGACAAGGAGAUAUGUAGUUCAAUUGUGGUUAAUUUGGACUCUAAUGUUAAGAAACAUCAAAAUAAGUUUUCUCAGGGAGUUUGUCUUGCUAAUAUCCUUGACAGAGCACAUGACGAUUUAAACACUUCACCAAAUAUUGUAGCUGUUGAUCUGAGCAAAUCAAGUAGUAUGGGAGAUGGUAGUUGUUUUCAGAAUCAAGAAAUAACCAUUGGAGAUAUUGGAGCUCAAAUUAAAUGCACACCAGCUAUUGUGACAGUGAAUAACCCUUCUGCCCAUUAUAAUUCUGUCAUACCUGCCAAUCCUAGAGAACCCACAUUGGAUAAUAAUUCCUUCUUAACCGUUGAAUGUCCAGAAAAUGUAGUUAAAAAGAGUCAUCAAGCAUGCACGUAUCUCAAUGAUUGUCUUCACUGUGCAGAACAUAUUGACAAGGUGCACAGCCAGGAUGCAAUAAUUGAUGGAAAGGUGGAUACAUCAGCAGUUGAGGAUUUAGACAGAAUGAAGCAUGCGAAUGUAGGGACACCAAAGUCCAAGCCCUAUAAAAGACUACUGCUGAAAUCAGUUUUAGGGGGUACCGCUGCUUUUGGCUUAUUGUUUCUCUUGUUCCAACUCAGUAGAGUUCACAGAGAGAAAGGAGGAGAAUCAAGUGGGGACACUCGUCAGAUAUGGAAAGCAAAUGGCAGAGAAUUCUCAUCGCGAAAGGGACGUAAGGGAAGCAAAGCUAAUGGGAUUUAUCCAGCUGAAAAGCUCAAAUUUGGAGAUUAGACGUAUCUACAAGACAGAGGGUGUUAAAUUGUUCAAAGAUCGUUCCACAAUCAGAUGGAAGAGGAUCUAGAAGCCAAGAUGAUGGCUGAUGGCUAGUCCUUCACAAAUCAUAAUGCAUGUUGCUCAUGCUAGACGUGGUACUGGUGAGAGGCUGAAAUAUAUAGGAAUGGCCCAACCGGGUGCCCAAGUUGUGAAAGAACGAGGGAGAUUAAAUCUAGUCCAUACCCGUCCUCAUCCUUGAUAAAAAUAGAAAUGUUACAGGUAGGGAUUCUUCUGUCAUCCAUCGGUGGGAGACAGAGUAUGCCAUUUACAAAAGACAAAUUUUGCAGGUUCAUUUUUAUUUUUAAUUCCUGUGCUUGUUGCAUAGAAACAUUCAUCCUCUUCAAUUAACUUUGUUUUACAGAGAUAGAUACUAUUCAUUUUGCUUGAAAUACAGAUGAUCAUUGUCCCAA